CAAAAAAAACCCUAACUCACUCUCUCAGCUCUCAGAGACUUUAAUCACUCGCUCUCUCUCUCAGCUCGGACGCAGGACGCAGGAUCUCGAACGCAGGGCGCACAACGGUCGACGGCCAAGAGCACAGCAGCAGAGGGCAGCGCCCUCACCUCUUCCUCUCGCACAGUCGCAUCUCGUCUUUCCUUUCCCGUGCAGCCGUGCUUCACUGCUCCUUCUUCCCCCUCGCCGUGCCCGUGGGUUGAUUCUUGAUUCAAUCUGACUGGUUACAGUCAUGUUUUUAUCAAGAGCAUUGGGAAGGACACUAUUAGCUGCUGCUAGGUCAGAGACUUCCGCCUCUUCUGCUGCAGCCGCGAACGCAGCCAGGGAAGGAUAUAACCCUCUUCAGGAGUUUUUUGAGGCAGAUAGGAGCCCAGAUGAUGACAAGCCUGUUGUAUAUGGUCGGGGUUGGAAGGCCUCUGAGCUGCGUCUAAAGUCUUGGGACGACCUUCACAAACUGUGGUUUGUGUUGUUAAAGGAGAAAAACAUGUUGAUGACUCAACGUCAGAUGCUUCAUGCGCAAAAUCUACGCUUUUCUAACCCAGAACGCAUCCCUAAGACCUGUUGGGCUUGCUUAUUACAAAAGUAGGUGGUUUUCUCAUUCCUCAGUGAAGGCAGAUUAUAGUCUCAAUCCUUUUAACUGGAGACCUGAUGGAUUUGCAUAUUACAAAAGUCGGUAACAAUCUCAUUUUGCGAUGAAGAUAGAUUGUUGUAGAAAUCCUUGUUAUGUGCACCAAAUUUUCCUCCAAAAUUCCAGCCACCAUGCUGCUAAUACAUAAUGUGUGGUGGACAUGGCUUGGUCUGUACGUGUAAGUUUGUUGGGCUUGCAAGGUAUAUUAUGGUUGGGAGAAUGACAGAGCGAAAGAGCUAAAUAAUCAACUCAUUCCUCUGAUAACUUCCCAAGCAAAAUAAUUGUUGGGAAUCUUACUAAAGGACAAUUGAUUCCUGUUAAUUUUAUUUGCAUAUGCUGAGAAAACUUGGGUAGUUCUCUGUUUUCCUAUAUGUCAUGGUACUUCUGUGAGAGUAAGGGAAAUUGCACUUUUGAAUA